GAAUACGAGAUGCGUAUCGAGACAUUGCAGCGGCAAGUGGAUCUGGCGCAAAGCAUGAUUUCCUCCACUUGUUCCACUUGGGACGGCGAGCGUUUUCUGACCAGUAGCUUACUCAAUUUCGAGCCGGAGUGUAAGUGGACUCCGGAAGAAGAACGAAUAGCUCGGCGAACAGCAACCAAAUGGCGGUACCACCAGUUCACAUCGGUUCGAGACGAUCUUUGGGGCAACGCUAUCUUCCUCAAAGAAGCGAACGCCAUAUCGGUUGAAUUGAAGAAAAAGGUUAACACUCAGUAG